AAGAUAAUGCCUAAAACUCCUCUGUUUGCUUCAGAUUCCGAGAAGAAGAAAAAGAAGAGAGGCCGAAAAUCCUCCCAUUCAGGUUCAAGGACUCCUUCUAUGACGAAAAUGAGGUCAGAUCCUUCAAGGAAUAAUAUUACCAAAUAUUCAGAUAAGCCCAAAGGUUCAGAGAAAAGUAAAAACGUAUCUUGGGAUGAAACUCCAUCUCUUUGAGAAAACUUAAUUCUCCCAAAGAAUCCAACAAAAGAAAUUAAGCAGAUUUAUGAUUAUCAUCAGAAGAAGAAAGCAGAUAGACUUGCUAAGAUGGAUAAUGUUGCAAAAAAUUUAGAGACAGAUCAGACUGCUGAGGAGACUGCUGAAGAGACUUUUAAUCAGCCUCAACCUCUUCCUUAUGAUGAUGAUGACUAUACUUUUACUGACAUCGAAGGGUUACCUCGUAGGAGUCCACUUCAGCUUCCACCUGAUCUUCCUCCUCCACCACCUCCUGUACGGAGGCCUGAGCCUAUUGUACCACAAUCUAUUCAAGAGGGUAGUCCUGAGGUUCAGAUAAUUUCAGUGAGCCAGAAUCAGAGCCAGGCCCAAGAUCCCUCUAAAGUAAGGACUCCAUCCAUAUCUCCGGACACCGUAAUGAGGGAGGAGCAUGACAAUGAAGAUGAUAAGAAUAAUGGGCCUAAGAAAGAGCUUUACGCCAUGCUUCGCCUUUCAGUAAAUCCCAAAGAGUGUAAAGUUCUAAACAUGCUAGGAGAAUUUGAAGAAUUUUUAGAAGGCCACAACUUUGCUGAUACUCGGACCACUCAUGGGUGGAAUAACCAGAAGAAGCCUGAUAAUACAUCUGAUUGUGACGAGGAUGGCCCGAAUAACCUUCCUGGUCGUAUCUCUGAGAAACAUCCUCUAGGUGUGGACCAAGAGCUACCAAGUAUGAAGAAUAACACGUUUGGCAAGAAGCUGAAGGAUUUAUACGAAAGAAUAGAGCGAGACGGAAGACUCGCUUGAGAAGAAGAUAUUAGUAGAAACCAGAGAGAUACCAAUAUGGACAAAGACAAAGAAGACUUCUAUGCCGCUGAUGAUACGUUUAUUGAUGACGAGGAGAUUAAAGUUGAACAGGAUGAAGAACUCAGUGACAUAGAGGACGAUUCUCAAUUCUACAAGUCCUUUAAAUUUGUGCACUCAUCUAAUAUCGCCUCCCUUACAAAGAAAAAGAGAACGAAAAAGAUUGAUGGAAAGAUCAGAGACAGAGAAAUCAACGAUAGACUUUCCAAGCUAGAAGAAUAUUAUAGAUUGAAAGCAAAUGACUCUGAGGCCCUAGAAAACUCCGAACAGAAGAUAUUCCCUGAUAUCAUUUUCGAAAUGGUAGACAAGAUGCUUGUGAGCAAGAACCCUAAGCACAAAGCUUGGAAUGAUAAUUUUUCCAACAUCUUAAGUUACCUCUCACAGAUAUUUGGAGAAAAGGAUCAUUUCAAAGUCUUAGAGUUUCUUAACUUAUUCCGUGAUAAAAUCAAGCUGAAAAGCAAGCUGAAAACACUUUUUGAUACCUUCAGAAAAGAAGUCAGGCUGACUAUAUCCAAAAUUGACUUGGGCCGCUGCUUUUCCCCUGAACAAGCCUUUGAAAAAAUUUUCGGGAAUAAAAAUCUUACUAAGAUAGUCAAGAAAAUUGGAGAGAAGAUUAAGGACAACUUUUAACUUGAUGCACAAGAUCAAUAAGUAUAAAUUUGGGAGCCAAUGGAGAAGCUUUAUGGCCAUCGACACCUCAUUUGUGGACAAGAACUUAACCUGUGUGCAGUCUGCAAAGAUGAAGAGUUUAGACAAGGACCUUUGCUCAAUGCUGCUCAAGAGAUCCAAUGAGAUUUAUGAUUUAUUUGCAGUUGAUGGUUGCUAUCCUUACACUACUAGAUAUCUUGCAGGCAGUUAUGGUAUUAAGGGUGAGAUACUUACUUGUAUCAGAGAAUACAUAGAAGAGCCCAUGGGCUUUAUGCUAUAUUCAGUAAAAUAUAAGAGACAGCAUUAUAAGUAGGCCCUAUUAAACAUUCAACAUUAC